AUGUUCGAUUCCUCUGACUCUCGCCGGGGUGCUUCUCAACCGGCGGCCCCGGAGCGACGCAAGUUCCCCUCGUCGUCCGUCUCCGCCUUCCUACUCCCUUCCACUUCACCUUCAUCUCAGUCCUCCCUCCCUUCUGCUGCCUUCUCUGCUCUUCGUUCCUUCAAGUCCGCGAGCUCUUUUUCCUCCUCUUCGACUGGCUCGUCGCGCACCGCGAGCCCGUUCGCCCCUGCGGCGGCCUCAGGCGUACAGACACUUAACAUCGGGGACUACGCGUCUGUCGCGUCGCGGCAUUACUCGAUUUCCUCACCUUCUCUUUGGGCGACUGGAGUAGCUGAGAACACGAAGACGUCUGCAAGCGACGGAGGCUUGCAGAAGGCAGGCUGGGGCUACGCGGAAAAGCGCGCCGCCGGCAGCCUCCGCAGGCACUCGACGCUCUUUUACCGCGUCAAGCUUCAGGGGCCAGACGGCGCAACGAAAGAGAUCGAGUGCGCAGAAGACGAAUACAUUCUUGACGCAGCAGAGGCCGCAGGCGUCGAACUCCCUUACUCCUGCCGGGGCGGCUCCUGCAGCACCUGCGCAGGCAAGCUCCUGAAGGGCUCGGUCGACGGCAGCGAGCAGGUGUAUCUCGAUGAGAACCAGCAGAAGAAAGGCUACGUGUUGUUGUGCACCGCAUACCCCAAGGAGGACUGCACGGUCGUGACGCACCAGGAGGACGCCCUCCACAACGAAACCGACGACGACGGCCAAGACUCCUCCUCUGACGGAGACGCCUGA